AUGGAUAUGGAAGUUGAUGAUCAGCUCACAGGAACUUCUUCUUCCCGCCUGGCACCAAUCGAAGAGGUUUGUCACACAUUUUUUUCUGUUUCUUCAAUUUUCAGUCAAACUAAUGAAUUUUUUGCAGGUAAAACCCACACCAAAACAAGUAAAGCGAAUUGCCGCUCACAGUCACGUCAAAGGGCUCGGAAUUGAUCCAGAAACCCAGGAGGCUCUCGAAGAGGUUAGGAAAUUCGGCUCAAAUUCAGAGGUUUACGUUAUACUAUUUUAGGGCGCCGGAUUUGUCGGGCAAAAGCUGGCGAGAACUGCGGCUUCCGUGAUCGUCGACAUGAUCCGCAUGAAGUCCAUGGCCGGACGCGCCGUUCUCAUCGCCGGACCUCCAGCCACCGGAAAAACUGCGAUCGCUCUUGCCAUGGCGCAGGAACUGGGAGACGGAGUGCCGUUCGUGCCUCUCGUUGCCAGUGAAGUAUUCUCGAGUGAGGUCAAGAAGACCGAAGUGCUCAUGAGAAGCUUCAGAAGGGCCAUCGGUCUGCGUGUGAAAGAGACGAAGGAUGUGUACGAGGGAGAAGUCACCGAGUUGACUCCGGUCGAGUGUUCGGACACUUCCGGCCUCGGCAAGACCAUUUCCCAUCUGGUUCUUUCACUGAAAACGGCGAAGGGAAGCAAGCAGCUGAAACUCGAUCCGAGCAUUUACGAUUCAAUUCUGAAGCAACGUGUGGAGGUUGGCGACGUCAUCUACAUCGAAGCCAACUCGGGAGUCGUGAAGCGCGUCGGACGGUGCGAUGUCUACGCUUCGGAGUUUGAUUUGGAAGCCGACGAGUUUGUGCCGAUGCCGAAGGGAGAUGUGCGAAAAUCGAAGGAUAUUGUGCAGAAUGUCUCGCUUCACGAUUUGGAUCUGGCCAACGCGAGACCACAAGGACGCCAAGGAGAUGUGACCAACAUUGUUUCGCAGCUGAUGGCACCCAAAAAGACUGAAGUCACAGGUUAGAAUGCUCCCCGUUUCCCAGUUGAUCCACCCAAACAUUUCCCUUUCACAGAUCGUCUCCGUUCGGAAAUCAACAAGGUGGUGAAUGAGUACAUCGAGAGUGGAGUCGCAGAGCUCAUGCCGGGUGUGCUCUUCAUCGACGAGGUGCACAUGCUCGACAUCGAGUGCUUCACCUACCUCUACCGCGCUCUCGAGUCGCCAAUGGCCCCCGUCGUCGUUUUCGCGACCAACCGUGGAAACACGACUGUCCGCGGUCUCGGCGCCAAAGCGGCACAUGGAAUUCCGCCGGAGAUGCUCGACCGACUCAUGAUCAUUCCGACCGCAAAGUACAACGAGAACGACGUCAGAAAGAUUCUUGUUCAUCGCGCUGAAGCUGAAAAUGUUCAGUUCGAAGACCAGGCAUUCGAUUAUCUGAGCAGCGUCGGAUCGAAGAAAUCUUUAAGAUACGCUCUGCAGUUGAUUGCUCCGGCUCGUUUAUGUGCUCAAUGCGCUGGAAGAGAAAUCAUAAACGUAGGCUCGAAACUCUCAGUGUCUCCUCAUGCUGAUAUUUUCAGGUGCAAGACGUCCAACGGUGCACCGAUUUGUUCAUGGAUCGAAGCGAAUCUCUCCAGAAAGCAUCUGCCGCUGUGCAAAAACGGAACGACGAAAGCAAUAACUGA